AUGGAAAGCAGGCGUACGUGGUGUGAUACGAACAAAACACAUUUUGAUUAUAUUGUCGCAGGAUGUGGUGGAAUUGGAAGUGCCACUGUUUAUUGGUUGGCUAAAAAAGCACAUGCAGGGGAAAGAAGGGAUUACUUAUCUAAAAAAAAAAACUGUCGCAUGGCAUAUCAUGACGAAAAGUACACCAAGUUAACUCGACCAGCUUAUCAAGCAUGGGGAGCUAUAGAAAAAGAAUCUGGACUUCAAGUACUGUAUAAAUGUGGUGGACUAGAUAUCAGCAAACCUAGUGAAGUAGACUUACAAUGCUAUGAGGAUGCCAUGAACAGUCAUAAUAUCAGGUAUGAAAAGUUAAAUGCAGAACAGUUAGAGAAGAAGUUUCCACAGUUCAAAGUUGAUAAAGAUGUAGUUAGCUUAUAUCAGCCAGAAGCUGGCCUUGUGGAUGCUGCCCUAGCCAAUUCUGUACAUCAACAACUAGCUAGAGGAUAUGGUGCUUCAUUCCUCACCAACUGUUCAGUCGUCAGAGUCCAUAGAAAAAACAACGGUCGAUUACUAAUUAAAACCACUAAAGGUGACUUUACAUGCAGGAAACUACUUGUGACGUGUGGAGCUUGGUCUAAUAAUGUCUUAGGAUCCAUAGGUAUACAAAUACCUCUUAUCGUUACACAAGAACAAGUAACGUAUUUUGGAACACCACAUAUGAAAGAGUUUACUAAAAAUAGAUUCCCAGUUUUUUCCUACCUAAAACCAGACUUCAGUCUGUAUCAAAUACCAGUCCAUGGUCGAUCUGGACCCAAAGUGGGCAUCGAUUCGCUUGGUAAGCGAGUGACACCUCAUACAAGAGAUUUUAAACCCAGUCCCGAAGUUGAACAAUUUACCACCGAUUUCAUGGAAAAUAUUCUUCCUAAGGUAAAAUUCAUUGGACCAGUUCUUGAGACGAAAACGUGUUUAUAUGAUAUGCUUCCUGAUAGAGAUUUUGUAAUUGAUACUUGUGACAAAGUUGGAUAUUCAGACGUCAUCGUUUGUAUCGGUUCAGCUCAUGCGUUUAAAUUUGCCUGUUUACUGGGUAAAAUUUUAAGUGAAAUGGCGAUUGAUGGUAGAACACAGUAUGAUAUCUCAGGAUUUAGUAUGAAUAGACCAGCUAUCACAGAUCCGAACUUCCAACCUUUUCUGGUCUUUAGAAAAACUGAACCGAAAUCCAAACUGUGA